GAAAUAUAUACCACACCUACAUAAAAUGUUGAGUAUAAGUAUUCUUUAACAAGACAAAUGUUGGUCUGAAUAAUUUACCAAUGAACGCAGUACGAGUUUAUCAAUGUGGCCAACACUGUUAAACACACCGAAUAUUCAUAUAUCAUAGCGAACAAAGCAAUUAUUUAUAUGUGAGCGUCGAAUCUCUUAACAAGAUGCAACAGUAGCUCGAAACAACUUCGCGUCAACACACGUUUCCGUGCCGGUUCAAUCACAAUGUACAUCCUAAAUACGUUAAUUUUACUCUCCAUUUCCGCGGUUCUAUACAUUUACUGGUACUUUAAAAAAGCACAUAAGUUUUUCGAUCAAUGUAAUGUACCACAUUCUAAACCCCAUUGGUUUUUCGGUAACAUGAAGGAUAUAAUCACGAGGAAAAAAACAAUAUGGGAUGCCUAUGGAGAUGUAUAUGAAAAACACUCUUCGGACAGAUUCUUCGGAGUGUACACCUUACACAGACCAGCUGUUGUGAUACGAGAUCCCGAAUUAAUUAAGGCUGUUUUGGUGAAAGAUUUUUCCCAUUUUCACGAUCGAGGAUUUCCUGUAAAUAAGGAGGCCGAACCGAUGUCGAUGAAUUUAUUCAACAUGCCAGGUGACGAAUGGAGAAAUCUAAGAAUAAAGCUGACAAGUACUUUUACCAGUGGAAAAAUGAAAAUGAUGUUCCCUUUGUUGAAAAAAUGUGCCGAAGACAUCAAACCAGUGCUGAUCAAACACUAUCAGGAUGGUCAGGAUUUUGAGGCGAAAGACUUUUGCGCAAGAUACACUACUGACGUGAUAGGAAGUUGUGCUUUUGGAAUAGAUAUACAUUCGAUAAGAGAUCCUAACUCUGAAUUCCGCCAAGUGGGCAGAAAUGUUUUCAAAUCAAGAUGGCAGAUGUACUUGAGAAUGUUUUUCCCAAACAUUUCGACAUCGAUGAUAAAACGCUUGAAAUUACAUUUUUUCGACGAGGGAACUUGUAAUUACUUUCAAAAAAUCGUUAAAGACAUGGUUAAGUACAGGGAAGAAAACAACAUCACUCGAGGCGAUUUCUUAGACAUACUCAUUGCCAUGAAAAACCACAAAGAACUAGAAAAACUCAAAGAUCAGCAAGACGAAGCCGACUUAGCUAAAUUUAUGGCUCAAAUAGGCAACAAAAAAACAAUCAAAAAUGAUGUGGAGAUGUCCAUCGAAUUAUUGGCCGCUCAAUGUUUUAUAUUUUUCUUGGGAGGUUUCGAAGGCGGCUCAAGUACGAUAAUGUUGACUUUAUUCGCAUUGGCUGAAAAUCCACAUAUUCAAAGUAAACUCCGUGAAGAAAUAUUAUCCGCGUUAGAAAUUAAUGGAGGUGAACUCUCAUACCAGACGAUGAAAAAGAUCCCAUAUUUAGAAAUGGUUAUCGAUGAAACUUUGAGAAAAUAUCCAAUCGGAGCAGUCCUGUUUCGUACAUGUACCGAAAACUACAAAAUACCAGAUUCGAACGCGGUGAUCAAAAAAGGAACCCAAGUAAUAAUUCCUACAGCUGCACUACAUACUGACAAAGAAUAUUUCGAAAAACCACACGAAUUCUAUCCCGAGCAUUUCUCUGCCGAAGCGAAAUUGAAUCGUCAUCAUUUUGCAUUUCUACCGUUUGGUGAAGGGCCUCGAGUUUGUAUUGCUGAAAGAUUUGCAAGAAUGCAAGUUAUCGUGGGAUUGAUUUACCUAUUGAAGGAAUUCUCGUUCGAAUUAUCCCCGAAGACUAAGGUACCAUUAGAAUACGAACCAACAGGAUCAAUAAUCGUAAAAGGAGGAAUUUGGUUGAAAUGUCAACCACUGUAAUCUUCGAGUUGAUUUCUAAACUGUUCAUUUAAUUUCCUUUGGCCAUUUUUGUAAUUUUCGUUGAAAUAAUAAAUGUACCACACCUACCUAAAA